CGCGAUCGGCGGGGUCGGAGGCGCCGGCGGUUCCUGGCCAACCUGAUCGUCGCCCGAUGGCCUCCUGCCUGUUCGGGAAGCCAGGCACUUCCUCCAACUCCCGCCUGACAUACGCCAGAAGCUGGUCUGCGCCUCCGCAGUCUCCGUCCACGCUCCCGGCUCCUCCUUCCCUCCCCCGAGCACGCUGAAGCCGCGCAUCGAUGCAGCAGUCGUCUUGAGCUCGCCUGCCCUCGACACGACGUUCAGCGCGAUACCCAGAGGUCGCCUUAUCUGCCCAGCCUCCCCCUCGGUCUUUAGGAAGGAAUAAUCAAGGAUGGUUUACAACCAUUUCGUCCUGCUUUUUGGCGCGACAUUUGCCGUCUUUGUCCUUCUCAUCCUCGUCACACUGUCCGGCCCCAUCAUACAGCCCAUAUUCUUCGUGAAGGCGAGCCUGAGCUCAGGUUCGACGAAGUUCGGCGUCUUGGGCUAUUGCGGCAAGACUUGCUCGGCGACAAAUUUCGGAUAUCAUUAUGGCACCGAGAUUACAACAACGGCAUCGACGACCCUCGUCCUCUUCCCCGCAGCGGCCGGUGUGAGCCUGCUGCUCAUGCUCGGCCUCUUCCCAUUCAUCUGCGGUCCACGCAUGCAAGUCCCACAUUUCCUUCUUGGCAUGCUCUCCCUCGCCGCCUCUGCAUGCUCCAUCGCCGCCUUCGUUGUCGGCGUGUACCUCACCGCCUCCGCCGUCUCCGGCUUCAAAAGCGCGGGCGAUUCGACGAGUAUUGGCGCUGCGUUGUGGAUGUCCCUUGCCGCCGCGGUAAUACAGACACUCGUCGCAGCGAACGUCGGCCUCGGCACCUGCUUGGGCGGCCGAUUCGAUCGCAAACCGUCCUACGUGUAGUACCUAAUUUAUCUGUCUUCCUACCUCCUCCCGGUCGUUCAUCGCUCCUUGCUUUCCUGACGCUCCUUCCUCACGAUUCCCGGUAUUGGUAGUCUUCUUGGUUACAGUGCCACAUACUACGUCGUCACGCUUGCCCGUCCGUCCCGCUCCCGUGUCUGUCUUGUUUGGUCCGUUUUCGUCGCUUCCUUGGGCUUUGG